ACUUCCUGGCUGCCUUUGGAGGAGGAGGCUCCUGGGGCUAGAGAAGGCAAAGCAGAAAAAGCGCCGGCUGCUGCCUUCCUCCUCCUCCUCCGCUUCUCCCGAGGCUCCCUCUCCGCCCAAAGCCGCCAUGUCGGACGGCGAGAAGCUCAACUUAGACUCCAUCAUCGGGCGCCUCUUGGAAGUGCAAGGCUCGCGUCCAGGCAAGAAUGUACAGCUGACAGAAAACGAGAUCCGGGGUCUGUGCCUGAAGUCACGGGAGAUCUUCUUGAGCCAGCCCAUCUUGCUGGAGUUGGAAGCUCCACUCAAGAUAUGUGGUGAUAUCCAUGGGCAAUAUUAUGACCUACUCCGACUCUUCGAAUAUGGUGGCUUCCCCCCAGAGAGCAACUACCUCUUCCUGGGUGACUAUGUGGACCGAGGGAAGCAAUCACUGGAGACCAUCUGCCUGCUCCUGGCCUACAAGAUUAAAUACCCUGAGAACUUCUUCUUGCUGCGUGGAAACCAUGAGUGUGCCAGCAUCAACCGCAUCUAUGGCUUCUAUGAUGAAUGUAAAAGGCGCUAUAACAUCAAGCUCUGGAAAACCUUCACAGACUGUUUCAAUUGUCUGCCUAUUGCUGCCAUUGUUGAUGAGAAGAUUUUUUGCUGCCAUGGAGGGCUCUCUCCUGACCUCCAAUCCAUGGAACAGAUCCGGCGGAUCAUGAGACCCACAGAUGUGCCUGACCAGGGUCUGCUCUGUGAUCUACUUUGGUCUGAUCCUGAUAAAGAUGUGCAGGGCUGGGGCGAGAAUGACCGUGGUGUCUCCUUCACAUUUGGCUCGGAAGUUGUCGCCAAAUUUCUCCACAAACAUGAUCUGGAUCUGAUCUGCCGAGCACAUCAGGUGGUAGAAGAUGGCUAUGAGUUUUUUGCCAAGAGACAACUGGUGACGCUCUUUUCUGCCCCAAACUACUGUGGCGAGUUUGACAAUGCCGGUGCAAUGAUGAGUGUGGAUGAGACUCUUAUGUGUUCCUUCCAGAUUUUGAAACCAGCUGACAAGAACAAGGGCAAAUAUGGCCAGUUCAGUGGCCUGAACCCUGGAGGGCGCCCAGUCACUCCACCACGCAACUCGGCAAAAGCCAAGAAGUAACUAGCCUUGCCUGUCUCCCCUUCCUAGCUGUAGGUGUGGGGCCCAGGCUGUCUUGUGUAGCGGUGACACUGUACAGCGGCUGCCUACCUCCCCAGGGCCCAGCCAUGUAAUUUUUUUUAAAUGUCUGAAUAAGAAUUCAAUACCAAAAAUUCUGCUCCCCUGGGAAUAGGGGAUGUCUGUAUUUUUGGGGGUAUUUUUGAUUGACUUUUUUGCCAACUUUGUCCUGAUGUCUGCUCCCCUCUCCCCCAUGGGGGGUACUACAUCUUUUUGAAUAAACGUGUAAGAUUCUUA